UGUCACUUUUCGUUUCUUUAAAUUCGACUUCUUGAUGUUCAUUGAUGUUCAAUGAAAUCAAUUAAUUGAGAGUUCAGACUUCUUGUUCGAUUGGUCCAAACAACCUUGAAUUGCUUAACUGUGCGGUCAUUACUAAUUACGUGUUAAAUAGAUAUGAUCCUUUAACAAUGUCGAAAGAUGCUGCUGCUGGACCUGAUGAAUCUGCUUCAGCUAUCGAACAAAUAACUGAAAAACGUGUUGGUUGUGCCCAUUACAAACGUCGAGCAAAAUUCGUGUUCCAGACACCCUGCUGCAAUAAGUUGUACAUGUGCCGUUAUUGCCACGAUGAGAAUGAGGAACACUACUUCAACCGUAAGUCAGUUACUGAACUGAUCUGCAUUGAGUGUGACACUCGGCAGAAAGUCCAGGCUGAAUGUGAAAAUUGUGGUGUACGCUUUGGAAAGUAUACAUGCCUCAUUUGCAAUUUGUUUGAUGAUGAAGACAAGAAGCAGUACCACUGUGAUGGCUGUGGAAUUUGCCGUGUUGGUGGCAGGGACCGAUUCUUUCAUUGUGAGAGAUGCAAUAUGUGUUUACCAGUGCAGUUGCAAGAAGUUGGUCAUAGAUGUGUAGAAAAUGUGUCUCGUGCAAACUGUCCAGUGUGUCUUGAAGAUAUUCACACAUCUCGGAUACCAUGCCACAUACCAGAUUGUGGACAUCUGCUGCACCGACCAUGCUUUGAGGAAAUGUUGAAGUCUGGUCAUUAUGCUUGCCCUACGUGCCAGACUAGCAUGAUUGACAUGUCGACAUUAUGGAAGUAUCUGGAUUCUGAAGUGGCAGCCACACCUAUGCCUCCAGAAUAUGCAGAUUACAAAACAACUAUACUCUGCAAGGAUUGUCAUAAGUUAUCAACUGUAAAGUUCCAUGUGGUGGGGCUCAAGUGUCAACACUGCGGUGCAUAUAAUACUUGCCAGACUAAUGGUUUUCACAAAGAUGCGGGUACAUCCGAGCAAGUAGACUCUGCCACUUCAUCUACGAGCCGCAGUACUUCAACAUCGACACCGACUAGUCGACGUGGUUCCUCGUCCUUCGAGCACGAGUCUGAUGAUAAUGAACUGCCUCGAGCGAAUCCUAUGGAUGAACCCCCGCAAGCCUGACCCAGGAUUCCACCUCGCACCGAUCUCAUCGGGGCAAGGCUGAGAGAGAGUAGCCAUAGGGAACUGAUUGGAAUUCGAGAACAAUAUAGCAAUUAUGAAUGGGUGGACGCUUGUGAGGAAAUUGGUAUAGCUGGGCCGAGUGGGUGUACAUGGCAAACUGGAAACAAAGGUGAACAAGGCGGAGCCACAGCUGGUUAUAGUAGAGCUGCAUGUGUACAAAGUAAUACUAUAGGACCUAGUGGAAGCUCAAUUGUUUGUAGCGAACCUGCAAGUGGUCACAGUAGAACCACAGCCGGCUACAGUAAUACCAGAUGUGAACAAAAUGAAACGAGCCGUGAAUGUACUGAAACAACAAGUGGACACAGUGGAACCACCCCUGAACAUAGUGAAGCCGCAGCAGGCUAUAGUGGAACCUCAUGUGAACGCAACGGAGCAAUAAGUAAAUCUGGAAAAAAGGAAACCACAUGCACAGACAGCGAAACUCAGCUAGAUCCAAGCCCUACGAAAGACAAGAACGGAACUACCAAAUAACUACUGUUGCCGUCUCUUUUGGUCAAGUAGAGAAUAAAAGAGAAAACAAACCAUUUUUACAUACUUACAUAAUAAUUGGUAUUGUUUUGUAUUUCACGUAACAUAAAUUAUUUAGGCUAUAAAUUAUUUUACAUAAAAAUUUUAACAUAUAGUACACUCAUGAUAUUAUUUAGUUUUUAGAUAAUCUGUUGUUUUUACAGCGAAAUUAAAAUUUGGAACCUUUAUCGUCUCAUAUUUAUAACAUAACUGUACACAUCGCAUAAAAAAGAAAACUUUAAACGUUGUGAACAAUAGCCAUCUUUUGUAUAUGUUAAAUAGAUCCUAACAUACUCCGCUGGUGUAUUAACCAAAAGUACUUCCUUGCCAAUCAGCACUUGGAGCUUGCAAAGGUCGUUCUUCAUAGCGUCUUUCGACAGCUCGGCGGCUUGUCUGUAUGCUGAGAUACGCUUUUUUAAAACUCCGUUCUUCUCCCGUUCUCUUAAGGUGACCACUCCAUCGGAGUCUUUCGACUUUCGUUUCAUCAAUUAUGUUUGGUUUGCCUAUCUGGUCUUUCUCUUUGUUUUUCUGAUUCUCAAGCUUCCAUCCUCAUGUUUGUUUGGGCCUAGAAUCUUCUAGAAAGCAGAACUUUUUUUUCGGCUAAUAAUAACUUCUCUUCUCGUCCAAGUCUCAUCCGUACAAUAGUAUGCGUCUUAUAAUCUUUUUGUAAAUACGGAGUUUGGUCCUUCUGGUACGUCCAACGUUCGGAUUUUGUAAACUACACUACAACGAAGUUCACUUUGAAUCCGGAUGAUCAGUCUUCCCCUAGGUUUGUGUUUGUUACAGUACUAUGCGCAGAUGUCCGCCUUAAACCCUAAGAUAGCUGGGGGGUAAAUGCCCCCCCAUCCAUGAAAAAUGGGUAGUUUUUCAACUCCUUAAUAAUUCAUCCGUCUACUUGAUGAAAUGUAAAUCUUUGGAGUUGAAGCUUUAUCAGUUCCUGAUACGAGUUGUUCACAAUAUGUUAUAAAUUUAAAAACUACAUUAUUGUAAAAAAUAUUAUAAUAGCUGCGAUUUUGGACCAUCAGAAUGAAAGGUGCAAUUGUGCAUUUGUCCAUAUUUGACGUAGAUUUUCUACAGUUUUUAUGCUAGGUAAUUAUGAAAGUACUAAGCUGUGAUCGUUGCGUAAGAUAUUUACGACGCUAAAUUUAUCUAUACGAAUAUUAAAAUAUGUAUUUUUACACGAAAUCAAUGUCUCAAUAGUAACCAAUAUUGUUGACCAAAUAAAUAUAUGUUAGGAAUAAAAGUAUAACCUCUUAUUGUAUUUUAUUUACGUGAUGAAACGUAUUAAGUAGAUUUUAAAUAUGUUCAAUGAACUUCAUAGAUUUGCCCGUUUUUUUUUAAAUCUGAUUGGUCAAACGGACUACAUAUGCUGUUGACUGUUGGUUUAUCUUUUAACUAAUUAUAAAAUUAUGAUAAACGCUUUUUCUAAAAGUAUAUUCAUUUUUAAAUGUAUGAUUUGACAACAAGUUUUUGUUAAUGGCUUCUCUCGGCUAUUUUUUGGAACUAAAUUUCUGCAUAUAUAGCAAUAUAUAUUAUUUUUACUGCUAUUUUGCAAUAUAUUUAGUUAUCCAAAUGUACUUUUAACUAAUAAAUAAAAAGUGCUCAUUGUAUAAAUAUACUAAUGUACAUAGUCUUAAUUUUUACGUAAGUGGAAUAUCUUUAAAAGUACCCUCAUAUAAUCUAAAUCAGUCUUGAGAUUAAACACAAUUUGAAAUAAACAAUAAACAACCUUAGUUAAAUGUCAUAAGACUGGUUUAGUUGAAGAAUACUGGGAUUUUAUUGAAGUACUAAUUUGUAAUAAAACUUUGUUGAUAUGUUUAACAAAUUAAUUGUUAAUUUUUUAUUGUAAUAGGUCAUGAAGUACAAUUUAAGACAAUAGCUGGAAAUUAUAGAGUAAUUGAAACCACAGUUGCCUGAAAACACAUACACAUUUUUUUUGCGGCUAAUUCAUCUAAAUUUUAGUUAUUUAUUCGGAAUAUUAAAAUGUAAACUGUCGUAUCAGAGUGAGAUAUUGGUACAGUGAUAGCCAACCUUUUAGUUUUUAAAUGAUUUACCUGUUUAUGUUAAAUGUAUUUUAUACAAAAAACUAUUGUUACUAAAACAAAAUGUUUUGUUUAGAUUCAGGAUUUUCUUCAAUUCACAUUAGAGAUUAACAAAUGUUAUAUUACGUUAGUUAACAAUUCCUUACCUAUAUUAUAAGGUUGUUGUACGUUUUUAUUAAUAAAUGUCUUUAAACUAAUUUUGGUUUCCAUUGCGAGUCUAAGAUAUGCCAUUUUGUAGCGCAUAGCAGAGUUACGCUGCGCAUUUAGAUUAGUCAUUCCCGAUCCCUGUGGCAUCAUGACAUAUUUGUGUUUUAUUCGAA